AUGACAUCUGAAGACAGCACUGAAUCGCUACCCAGGGUUGGGAUCCUGUCCCUGGGGGACAUGGGCGCAGGUAUUGCCCGACUGCUCAUUGCCCACGGCUUUGCAGUAGCGACCAACUGUGAAGGAAGGAGCGAGGACACGAUAGAGCGCGCGCGCAACGCCAAGGUAGAGCUCGUCUCAUCGGAUCUCGAGCUCGUCCAGAAAAGCAACGUCAUCCUCUCAAUCGUGCCCCCGCGAGACGCCGAGGCGACAGCACAGAGGGUGAUAGAGGCCCUGUCCGGCACCAAGGAGGGCGACCGCGCACCCCUCUACUAUGCCGAUCUCAACGCUGUGUCGCCCACCACGGUGCGGGCCAUUGCCGCAUCGUUCGACAAGAGCAGGGCCCCCGUGCGGUUCAUUGACGGCUGCAUCCUCGGGGCACCGCCGCGGCUCCUCGAGGACGGCAAGGGGGAGUGGUUCCGUCCCAACAUACCCAUUUCGGGCCCGCACUCGCUCGCCGAGAUCACACCCGGCGGUGACCGUCUCUUGUCGGUGCUGAAGAUCGACCCCAUCGCAGACAAGAUUGGCCAGGCGAGCGGGCUGAAGAUGUGCUUUGCCUCCAUGCUAAAGGGCUUCACGGCCAUUGCAACGCAGUCCUUCACUACGGCGCAUCGGCUGGGUGUGUCCGACUCCCUCCGCAGCCAUAUGGCCCAGGUCGUCCCUGGUGCUCUGGCUAGGGCCGAGGAGGCCGUCCCUGUGAUGGUCCCAAAGGCAUAUAGGUGGGUGCGGGAGAUGGAGGAAAUUGCCGCGACCAUGUGCGAUGAUGGCGGCUGGGAGAGGGACCUCUUCCUUGGCGCGGCUGCUACGUACGAGUCUGUUGCGGAGGAUCCCGUUCUCGGAAAGGAGAGGAUUGGGAAGCGGUCCAGGGGCACGGACCUGAACUCGGUGGCUGAACUUUUGGCUGAUGGCUUAGAUAAGAAGAGGAAGAAGAUC